UCCAUAGAGUAUAGACAAAAAUUUAAACAACUGAUAAUGACGGAGCUGUCACGAGGAAAAACGAGGUGACAGAGAAGUUGAAAACUUAUUUGUUAUACUUGAAAAACUAACAGACAUCAAAGAUACUCAAGCUGAGAAAAUAGUCAAAAGCUCAUGUGCAGCACUACCAGUACUAGGAGAAAAAUUGGCGCAAGCAUUAAAACUUUCUGAGGAAAUUGAAAAAGAUUACCUUGAAUUGCAAAAGGUUACUAAGAAGAAGUUGUUAGAGAAUCGUGAGAAAAGACAGAAGGAAUGGGAUCAGUUUAUUGAUGACAUGAACUUUAAAUGCCAAAGAAUUGACAAUACGUUUGAAGAAAAAGAAGAAGAAUUAAGAGAUUUAUAUGCAGACUUGAAUCAUAAGCUUAAUAUAACUAAUAAAUAAAGAAUGGAUCUAAAGGGGUCACUGGUUGAUACUAAUCUUAAGAUUUAUCCAACAGAAACACUAAUUAAGUUCUUAAAAACAAUAAAACCCUCUGAUGAGUUACCUCAUAAUAUAAGUGAAAUAGUUACAGGAAGCAAUAAGGCUAUAUUUAAAACUUACAGUAGUGAUAAAAUAAAACCCAUCCAUCUAACUAGUUCUGACAUAGAAUAUUUAAAAAAGAUUAAAGAAACUCAUCCAGAUAUUGUUUCUGAAGAGACUGUUUUAAAUCCACCAGUUACUGAAUCCACCAAUACAAAAGUUGAAGGUAAAAAUGAUGAAAAAGAUGAAAAUAAUAAAUCAGAUAAAGAAAAACAUAACACAACUUCUGAAAAGACAAACACUGAUGUAUUCCUUGUAACAGCUGAUAUAGAUUGGUUAUAUAAUUAUUUAAAAAUUAAAAAUAGUAAUGGUGAGGAAGAUAUUCCUUACCUUCACACACUUUUAGAAGGAUCCCUUAUUGAAGUGCCAGAAAAUGAAACAAUAAAGAGAAACCCUGUUCUAGAAGCAAGAUGUGUAAAAUUAAGAGCUCAGCAAGAAGCUCGUGAGUACAGGAAAAUGACAAAGGGGGUAGACAAUGUUCGAAUGAGAUUUCCCGAAGACAACAUUUCAUAUCAAUUAAAACAACUUAAUCGUCAACUCAUAGCAAUUGGACAGUUUAUUAUAUCAAUAUUUGCUGGUUUCCUUUUUGGAUUCAGAGGUGUUGAAUGGAUGGUGGGAAAUUUAGACUUUGGAUUCAGAUUGUUAUUAGGUGUCAUGUGUGCUUUAGUCAUUGCUCUUGCGGAAAUAUACUUCCUAGCGAAGAAAUUAAAUGAAGAACUUAACAUUCCUGAAACAAUACAACUCGGAGGUCCACUGAAAUUUGCUGAUCAACAGAAUUACUCUUCUGAAAUCACAAAAACAGCACUUGAAAAACAACACCAAGAUUAAUUAUAGCCAAUAAUAGAUAUUGUAUGAUGUACCUAUUUAUUGUAA